GGGUAAGAUGGCGGCCCCGCGGCGAGGGAGAGGAUCCUCCACAGUGCUCUCUUCAGUUCCCCUUCAAAUGCUGUUUUAUCUCAGCGGAACGUACUAUGCCCUGUAUUUCCUCGCCACGCUCCUGAUGAUCACGUAUAAAAGUCAGGUGUUCAGCUAUCCUCACCGCUACCUGGUCCUCGAUCUUGCUCUGCUGUUUCUGAUGGGGAUUCUGGAAGCAGUUCGGUUAUACCUGGGCACCAGGGGCAACCUGACAGAGGCUGAGAGGCCGCUGGCCGCCAGCCUGGCCCUCACGGCUGGCACCGCCCUCCUCUCUGCCCACUUCCUGCUUUGGCAGACCCUAGUGUUGUGGGCGGACUGGGCCCUCAGUGCCACGCUCCUGGCCCUUCACGGCCUGGAGGCCGUCCUGCAGGUGGUUGCCAUCGCGGCCUUCACCAGGUAGCUACGGACACCCAGGAUACCCCACACUGGAGCCCUCCUCCUGGGCCUGACCAGUCCCCCAGCUCUCACCUCCCCAUUCCUGGACAGGAAGGGCACUUUUCCUAGUGACUGGCCAUAGAUGGUUUUGGAUAGUUCCAUCUGUUCUGGCAGGACUGGGAGCAGGAGCCAGGGCAGAACAAACUGCUGGAGGCCCUGGUGUCGGGAACAGCUGCGGGGAGGGUAGGGACCAGACAGAACUGCCUUCAAGAUGAGUCCCAGGAGCGCACACUCAGCCCUGUCAGUGGGGUCUGGCUUUAGCAGCCAGGCCUCCACAGACCCCCAUGGGCCCCCAGGGCCGAGGGAGGACAGAGCCCUUCAGAACAGAGGCCUCAUCUCACUGCAUCCCCCAUCACCCCCUAGUUCCCCAGUGGUCCUAAUUUGUGUUCUGAGAUCCCAGUUUACUCCGUGGCCAGGCCCCACCUGUGUUUCCAAGUCGGGCUGGAGACACAGGAUGGGGUAGGCCUUGUGCUCUGAGCAACCCCAGCUCUGCCUCACAGGCAGGCAGGCCCGGUGCAAGAGUGGACUGUGGGUUCCUAAAGCAAUAAAUGCAAACAAGCCAACAGCUCUGCUGCCUAGCAAUUUCCAUCUUAGCCACACUUCUCCCUUCAGGGGCUUCGGAGGAGAGGUCAGGGCUAAGGCCGGGGAUGGGACUGCAGGAGAGAGAGCAGCUGAGGGGCCCACAUUCUGAGCCUCCGUCCACUCCAGUUUUAUCAACUUUUGCCUUUUGCACUGAGUGCUAAACAAAUUCUAGCUCUGUGUUUUUUUUUCCCAUUCCCAGAUUUACUAUAAGUUCUCCUUAAAAAGUAUCUAAGCUGUUAUAGUAGCUUUCCCUUCACUUGAUUCUAUUGUGUGUUUUCUAUGUUUGGAAUAAUUACACCCAAAUAUCUAGAAA